AUUUGUUUACGUUUGAUAUUUAUUUACUAAUUCCCUUUUGGCCAAAAUGGAUAUCAUAAAAGAAAUAAAUGACAAAUAUCUGGCUCUCGAAGCGGAGAUUGAUCAGAAAUUGGAGAAAGUACAAAUUGAGGAACUAAAACUAGAGCGUCAGAAUGAAAAGCUGGCAGAGAGCUCGAACCUACAUCCACCUGCACCCAAGGUCCUUUCCUAUGAAGAAGCUCUCCUGCGAAAUUCCAACACCUUAAAGGCUCUGGAGAUAGCCAAGGCUCGCCUGAGAUCCCGUUCUACAUAUUCUCCCGUGGAAAAACUGCUUCAGCAAGCUCUGGAAAACUACAGAAAGGAACUGGAGAGCCUGCAGGAGAUCGGGAAGAAACCGCAGGAGGAGCAAGUGGAGGACGAGGAGGAGGACGACCUUUACGAUCUGGUCAUGCAGAAUGUGAUUGAGGCCCAGAAGCAGAACCAGCAGCAGCAGGCCAAGAGCGCAGAGCUCUAGGUUAUAUUUCCUUGGAAACCCAUAAAUGAUAUAUAGUCUA